AUGAUUUUCAAUACCAAAAACGCCCUCGCGGUGACUAGCGUGCUACUUGCAGCCACAUCUGCCGCUGCAGAUGGCUUCAAGGUGCGCCCUCGAGCCGCCUUGGGCACCCUCGUCGGUUGCUACUCUGCGAUUCCCGGGUAUGGCGACGCAAAGGCCUGGACAUACCAGAGUUCUGGAUGGUGUUUAGAUCGCUGCUAUGGCCAGGGAACAGGGGCCUUUGCAUUGAGUGGAGGCUCUGAUUGUACCUGCGGUGACACGCUACCGCCAUCCAGCGACAAGGUUUCAAGCGACAAAUGCAACAAGCCCUGCAGUGGCUGGCCUCAAGACAUGUGCGGUGGGGUUAGUUAUUACUCUAUUUACACCACAAAUUACGAUGACGACGUCCCAACAUACUCGGAAUCCUCGCAAUUCAGCUCGACUACAACCACUGGCUCGUCGACCACCACGCAGACUGGUGCCGCUACUGCCGUUUCUACCGCAGCCAGCGGACAAACCGUCAUUGUGACAUCCGAGAGCUCGGCUACCCCGACUACCGAAUCAAACGAGAACGAAAAGGCCUCAAGCAGCAAGAACACUGCGGCUAUCGCGGCUGGAGUUGUGGUUGGAGUGGUCGGAUUUGCUGCUCUCUGCGGUGCUGUCUUCUUCUGGUGGCGGUCCAAGAACAACAAGGCCAAUGCUGCCACAAGAGGUCCAGCUGGCUAUGGCCAUGACUCGAGCCCGCCAUCAAUGUCCGAUUCUCGAUUCGAUGGCGACUAUAUGGCCCAGCGCCGCCAAAGUAAUGGCAGCAUCGAUGAUGAUCACGACUUCUCUCGUCGGAUCUUGCAGGUCACGAACCCCGAUCGCUAA